AUGAUUUUUAAAUAUUCAGCAAUUACUAAUGAUAAAAUAUGCGAAUACCCAGGAAAUAAAGACUCGAAUUUAUUAAACUAUGGCAUCGGCGGAGCCCUCGCAUGCUUUUUCCCUUACUCCCCCCUCUGUGAGCGAGCAAAAAUUCUUGUUGCUCAUCGAGGGAGGUUAAAUUUUUGUUUUUAAAAAAAAUUUAUAUAUAAAUUAUGUAGAAAAAAAUUUUUCGAAAUUUAAAAAAAAUCCUAAUCCGCAAAAUUGGAAAGCAAAUAUUAAUUUAAUUUUGUAAAAUUUAUGUUUUAAAACGUAAUUUCUUUAAAAUUGAACAGAAUUAGCUUGAGAUUUCAUGAUAAUAGCUAUCACUUAUAUAUAAAAAUUUUUUGUAUAAAAAAAUUUAUUAAAUAAGCUUUUGUUCGUUCAAGAGGGUUUUUGGGAAAAAAAUAGAUUUUUCUAAUGGUUUUGUUCGCUCAUGGAGUGGGGAGAGUUUAGUUUUUUCUUAAUUUUUAUAGCUUUUUUUGGGGAGUUAUUCACCGCAGAUAUUCGGCACCAUUCUUGUAGUAAAAACUUGGAUCAUGAUUUCUUAUACAAAGUGUGUACAAAAUAGCAAAAAUUUUUCACCAAAAAAAAAUCAGUGGCAAAACAAAAAAAAUAGGAAAAUUAAAUGGCAAAUAGUAUAUGCGUGCUAAUAAAGGAUCUAUAAUUGAAUUAUGGAUGGCAAUCUUUAAUAGAAGAUGUGGGAGAUGUUAGCAUAAGUAUAUAUACAGAGCCAAUUAUCUUUUAUAGAAAAGCGCAAAUCAGUACAAAAUCGGGAAAAAAAUUUUCGAAUUUUUAAUUUGGCAAAAUUUAUGCAUUAUAAAAGAUAAUUGGCUCUGUGUAUAUAGUUAAAUUAAAAUUCAAUAUCUCUCUUUUAUAAUUUGUAAUCCCUAAUUCUAUUAUACAUUCUUAUUAUUUUCACGCAUGUACAUUUGACAUUUAACUUUUAUAUUUUUACUCUUUGCCACUGUUUUCACGCAGGUUUUAAAAAAUUUGCUAUUUUUAUGCACAUUUUCAAUUUUUUUUUCCAUAUUAGAACAUACCCCUACAAACUUGACAGCAAGGUCUCAUUCCUCAGUGGACUUAAAACUUUUGGCUCUCAGGACUUUAUUUAGUAUUUCACACAUAUUAUUUGGAAAUGGAAAUAUUAUCAAAUACCAGAUUACAUUUUUAGUUGUUUAUUUGUGGAUAUAUUUCGAAUCUCUCACAAAAUUGACAUAUUAUAGUGAAAUAGAAAACUCAAUAAAAUCUUGCAAAAUAUUCACAGUAACACUAACAUUAUUUUCAGUUUUAUUAGCAGCUGCUAUGGAUAAUGCAGGUGUUGCAUUUAUGCUAAUAUUUUUUAUGCAACCGGUAUGAAUUUUGAUUAACUUUUGAAUUGUUAAUACUAGAUUUAAAUACCUCAAAAAAAAGUCGGUUUCUUUUGAAAGUCAAUAUGACUUCGAAAGAACCAUAAGAGCUUUACUCUGCAAUAAAACUUUAGAAAACAAAAGAGAGGUUCUCGACCACUUCGCGGCAUGCUACACAAAUAAAAGGAUGCUAAAAGACAAAUUGCUCGUUAUAUGAGAAGUAAAUUUUUGCACAUUUUCGAUGAAAGAUGAAAUUCUAGCAAGAAUAAAAUUGACAAAAAUAAAGUCAGCAAUAGGGACAAUUGAAGGAAUUAUCCAAGAAUGAAGAGCUGUUGAAAAUAUAAAUGAAAGAGACACCUCUUCUCUUGAGAUCAAUUAUUUAGAAUAUUUAGCUGAUUUCGACAAAAUUAAAAAGCAAGACGAAGAAAUUUGCUGCACACUGAUAGACUUGUGAUCAGAAUUCUCUGCAAGAAAUCCACAGUUUAAAAAGAUUUACCACCUUGUGAUAAGAAGCUCUUAUCUCUUGUCAAGUUUAAAAAAAGUAUAUACAAAGCUUGUAGUAAAACAUAAGCAUUUGGAGCUUUAUGAUCUUUAUAUUUCUUUUUUGGAAAGCAUUUUAGGAGAAACUGACCAAGCAAGAAUUAUUAACAGAUUGAAAAAUGGGAUUAGCCAUCAGCUGAACUUUGCAAAGGCCUAUGAUGCUAAGCUUGGAACUUAUGAUGAAAGCAAUGGGAUUAUUCUGAUAUCGGCUAAUGAAAAAUCGUUUGGGAUCAUUACCUAUAUGAAUAAUUCAGCUUCGCAGCUGCUCAAAGGCUCUAUUACUGACUUAAUCGGAACUCAUUUACAUUAUUAUAUACCAAGCCCUUAUUCAUACCAGCAUGAUGAUUAUAUGAAAGAGUAUUAUAAAAAUUACACAAAUGACCAAACUCCUCAUAAAGGAUGAUUUUUCCUUCAAAGCAUGUAAAGUUUACUUUAAAUUAUAGAGAAGCCUACUGUCAGGAGCACAAAGGAAUUUAUUCUCUUUCAUAGCGCUCUAAUGAUCGAUCACCAGUCUACACACAGCUUUGCAUUUGAUUACUCCUUUGGAAUAUACCUACACUAUAGUUUCCGAGCUAACUUAAUAUUAAUUAGGGAUACUCUUUACUUCUUGUUCCUUAAAAAUUUUUGUCAUAUCAAACAAACUUGAAAAGUUAGCACUCAUUUGUCUGAAAUUUGAAAGCAAUUUUGGGAUCAAAUAAAUGUGAAAUCCACAGUAAUUGAUUGAGAAUUGAAUAAUUGACCAGGUGGAAAGCUUCAAGGUUAGAUAAAGCAUACUCGCAGGAAGUUAGAAGAUUGUGCAACUGUGCUAUACAUCGAUAAAGUCUGCCUCACAGAAAAUUUUGAAAAUAGAAUGUUCUGAUCAGCUCGAAGCUCUGGUACGUGCUAAAACAUUACGAUUCACAUAGCGAUAUCUCAUAUACUUGGAGAACCCUUUCCAAUCUCACUUCUCUAUGAGAAAAAAUCUAUCCUAUAUUUAAAUCUUGGUUGACCAGCUAAGCGCUGCUAACUAUCUGCAUAUGUAAAAACUAGCUUAUAGCACCCUUUCUUCCUCAAAGUCUCAGCCCCUUUUCAUGCCUAUCUAAUAAGCUAAAAGGCCAAGUCGAUUCGCAACGCCAUUCUAAUAUAUGAUUUUUCUUCAAAACACACUUGGAUAUCUAGUAGAAUGUAUGUUUCUUAUUAAGCUAACUGCUUAUUAUAACAAUGCUUACUUUUUAGUAUCUUUAACUCCAAGAAAUACAAGUCGGCAGUUCGCUAUUAUUUCUCCAGAAGGGCUUAUCUAUAAUUAUACAGAUCUUUUUCCUUACUAUUUAGGGACAGGCUUGUCAAAUGUAAGAAAUUAUAGUAUAACAGAGCUUCUCCCUAUCCUUGACCUAACAGAAAAUAAGCUUUUCAAGCCACUUAUCAUCCAGCACAAAGGCCGAAAGCUAGCUAUAAUCCACACAACAAAGCAAUUAAGAUUAGCCACAAUUCAUAUGAUCAUUAUCGUUUAUAACGAUAACGAAAUUAAGCAAUGAAAAGCUGGAGAAGACAAAGAUCAAAUCGAAUAUUUUACUCUUAAAUAUAUAUACCAAUAAUAGAUUUAGCAUUUUUUCAAAUAAAAAUUAUUUCUGCUAAAAUUCAAAAAAAAGAUUUUGGUUUGAAUAUGCCUGUAUAAAAAAACAGAAAUAAAUACAUCAUCAGAAGAAAAAUCAUACUUAGACACAUCAGUUCUUUCCCAAGAAACUGGGGCAAAAGUGAAGUUCCAAAAGCUUGAUUCAUUUCGAUCUUUAGAGGAAUCGCAAAUUCAAAGCGAAGAAGAUAAAGAUGUUGAAAUGAAUAGACUUCUUAAACGGGUAUCAACCAAAAGUGAAAAAGACGACGAAAAUGAUGAUAAAUCAGAAAACCAGCAUAGCAGCUUAUCAAAUUCCUCUACAUGUAAUUUUCAUGCAGCAAUUGUAAGCAAAUAUGUUGGAAAAAUUUUCAGAAAUCUCAAAAUUUUUGAAAGAAUUUUAUUAUUUUGUGUAAAAUUUAUAUAGAUGCUAGCUGUAAUUGGCACAAAUAUAGCGAUUUUGGGGUAUAUCUACCAAGAUACAGUUAAUACUAGUUCUCUUGAUGUAUUUUCCCAUUUCGGAACUCUUAUGUUUCAUUUGGUGAAUUCCGCUGAAUUAGCACGAUCAAUAGAUUCCGAAAAAAAAUCAAAUAUUUACAACCUUACCCGAGAUCUAGCAACUUUUAAAUCGACAAUAACAAAACUCAAAGAUCUCCGGAGCUACAUCUUAUCUGACUACGACGACUGAAGCUACUGCAAAAGCUCAGAAAUAGUAGUUGACAAUGUUGUUCCUGUAUGAAUUUUCGAGCCUUCAACUCAUAUAUCUAAAUUCAAUUUUUAUGAUGAAAUCAAUUUGUUUAUUAAACACGGAGACAGUUUAAUCGACCUUAUCAGCAACAAUAGAACAUAUACAAUGGAGGAUGUUAAAUUCUUUGGGCUAAAUAGUCUAGGAUUUACCUAUAAAGUUACACAGAAUGCAAUGAAUGAUCUUGUGGAUUGCGAAGUGAACAGAGUAAAGCAUAUUGGAAAAUAUAUAAACUCUUUAAUAUUUACAGGCUUAGGGUUAUUGCUGCUGUUUAUAGGGAUUUUAGCAGGGUAUGCAAUCUAUAUGAAUAGAUAUUAUGAUGAAUUUUGAAAUUUUAUAAAACAAAUUUCACUUAUAUGCUGGGCAGAUUUAAAAGCGAUUUAUAUUGACAGACUUUUAAAAAUACAUGGAAUUGAUUAUAAAACUGAUCAAACUCCAGUGGUUUACUCAAAAAGAUUAAAAACAACAAAGAAAAUACAAUCAAGAAUUUAUAUUAAGUAUCUCUGGAGGCUUUCUAUAUUCCUAGUCAUAGCUGCAUGUUAUUACUUUAUUCUGCAGUUCUAUUUAUACAAUAAGUGUGAAAAUUAUUUGAUUGAUAGACCAAAACUCAUUCUAAAUUUGAUAACAAAACGAACACUAUUAUCACGAAUGAGUGUUUUCGCUAGAGAUAUUGCUUCUACAAGCAACUUGAGAUGGUUCCCAAACUCAUAUGCACUUCCCCAAUCAAAAAAUGCAUUCUGUUCUACAAGCAGGAAGUUUAAAAUAGAAAACUCUAACCCUAGCUUAAAGGGAUGUGCUUGACUUUUCUUAAAUUAAAAUUUCAAAAAAAAUAAUGAAAUUCAAUAAAAUACUAUUGAAGGAUUUUUGAUGCCUAACUGUGAUAACUAAAUUAUUUUAAUUGUUACUACACUUCCAUGAGCGAACAGAACAUUAAAAAUUUCUAUUUUUUGUGUAAAAAUUCACCCUCUAUGUGCGAACAAAAAAUUUAUAUAAAAAUAUUUUGAUAUUUAAGUUAUAAUUAGAUAAUGAAAUCUCUAGCUAACUUUAAACAGUUCAGAUUGCCUUUUGAACAUAAAUUUUAAAAUUAAAUUAAUUUUUUGCUUAUCAACUUUUGCAACAAAUGCUUUUGUGGGGAGAAGGUUAGCAAAUUUUCAAUUAAUUCGGAGUAAGUUAAGAAACAGCAAUUUUUUGAGUUUGAUGACACAAAAUAUGAAAACUAGGCUUUUUGAGGAGUGAGAUAGCACUAAUGAUUAUUAUUUGCACCAUGGGAGCUAUAUAGCUUCUAAUCUGAUAUAUCUUGAAGCGAGAUUUCUCUCGAAUACCCCUUCAGGCUUAGAAAAUGUCCCUUACUUUUCUAACUAUAUCGGUAAUGAGUCAGCUCUUCAAGUUGCGCUAGAUAGUGACUACGAUAUUAUUGACAAAAAUUCAAAAGAAAUAAUCAAAGAUCAGUUAAAAUUACUGAUUUUCGUGACAAUUGCUUUUUCUUUAGCUUUAAUCUUUCUAUUUUUGUUUUUGUAUCUCCCAUUUAUUUAUAAAGAAAAAAAUUCAUUGAAUAAGCUAAAAGCGCUUAUCUCAAUUGUACCGAGUACCAAUAUUGACCUGAGAAAUGAAAAUUUAUUAAAAUAA